AUGUCUGAAUCGCUGCGUUUCCUCGGCUCCCUUGAAGGCCACAAGGGAUGGGUCACCGCCAUUGCUACUUCUUCGGAGAACCCGGACAUGAUCUUGACCGCCUCGCGGGACAAGACUAUCAUCGUCUGGCAACUGACCCGCGACGAGGAUUCCUACGGGUACCCCAAGCGUAUUCUCCACGGCCAUAACCACUUCGUAUCCGAUGUCGUUAUCUCUUCCGAUGGCCAAUUCGCUUUGUCCUCGUCCUGGGAUCACACCCUUCGUCUCUGGGACCUGAACACCGGACUCACCACCCGUCGUUUCGUUGGGCACACUUCCGACGUACUUUCCGUUUCAUUCAGCGCCGACAACCGCCAAAUCGUGUCUGGUUCUCGUGACCGCACGAUCAAACUCUGGAACACCCUCGGAGAGUGCAAAUACGAUAUCAAGGAUGAGGGACACACAGAAUGGGUGUCCUGCGUCAGAUUCAGCCCUAACGUCUUGAACCCCGUCAUUGUCUCUGCUGGUUGGGAUAAGGUGGUCAAGGUUUGGGAACUGUCAAAGUUCAAGUUGAAGACCAACCACUAUGGCCACACCGGCUACAUCAACACCGUCUCAGUCUCGCCGGAUGGCUCUCUCGCCGCUUCCGGUGGCAAGGACGGCAUCACCAUGCUCUGGGACCUGAACGAGGGCAAGCACCUGUACUCGCUUGAGGCCGGUGACAUUGUCAACGCUCUCGUCUUCUCCCCCAACCGCUACUGGUUGUGCGCUGCUACUGCCAGCUGUGUCAAAAUCUUUGAUCUCGAGAGCAAGUCUAUUGUCGAUGAGCUCAAGCCUGCUUACACCGAUGUGCGCGAGGAGGCCAGGCAACCCGAGUGCGUAUCUAUCGCGUGGUCGGCAGAUGGUCAGACGCUGUUCGCUGGAUUCACCGACAAUGCUCUUCGCGUCUGGACCGUCACCUCAUAA